GAGGAAAUUCGUGAUUGUGACAGUGAAAACCCAAUGCCUGGAAUAGAUACGUCAAACUUUCAGAUUUUACCUCAACCAGACGGAUCGAUUACGGUGAACGGAACCGCUAGAUUCACGAAGGACUAUGGCAAUCCUACCAGAUGGAAGCUCUACACCAAACGGCUGGAGCGAGGAAAGUGGGUUCCGGGCAUUGUUUCGCGGGACAUUCCGAACGUCUGUCCGGUUCUGCAAAUGCCGCACGAAUUGUGGUAUCCGUUCACUAGGCUGAUGCGGCGGAAAUUUUGUCCCUUCAAAGCUGGGGAAGAUCCGUGGUAG